AGGACGUACGAAAAUCUGGUCCACAAGUACUUGUGAAAAAUUCGAAUCUUGGAGUGAACAUACGUUUCAAAGGUCUGGUUCUUGGGGUCUUGUGGGCCCCGUUUGGGUUUUUACCCGAGUUAUAUCUCCUUCCCUAAUAUGUCAGCAAUUCGACUAUGAUUCGCUCUCCACCGAAAUCAUAUUUGCAUGCCGCCAUUGGAUCGUCCCCUGGUUUGGGAUCGGGAAAUGGCGAACCAAUCACGACUAUUGAUAACAGCAAGCAUCGUCUGACCAACAUGGGUCUACCAAGGCCUCUCGUUCUCGAUUUUGAGUGCUCGGAAGCAACCAGACGUCCCUCUCCCAAGGUAGUUGGUGACUUUGUGAUCUCCGUUCUUGGCUUGAGGUCGACCGACAUAGCGAUGAUCGGUCAAGCUGGUGGGCCUAAGAAUACCGUACGAGUGUUCACGAAACAAGAGAUUGAUGUAGCUGAGCAAUAUGGAAGCUCUCUCCAAUUCGAGCGCACCUUUGAAGAAGUCACCUGGAGGUGCAGUAUUCGAGGGGGCUCCUCGGUCUCGGCCCUAAGAUUCCUCAACGUCCAGUACUAUGCUUCCGAUGAGGAACUGCUGGACGCGAUUCGUCCAUUUGCCGUUGAUAAAUCUGGGAUCUCGAAGGAAUUAUUUGCCGGAGACACGUUGAUCGAUGGGAUCUGGAAUGGCCACAAGAGAGUCCAAGUUGAGAUCAAACCCCUCACGUCGAUCCCUGACUUCGUUCAAGUACGGGGUAGGAAGAUCUUUCUUCAACACAAGGAUCAAACCCGGAGAUGCUUCAGGUGUAAGGAGGAAGGCCAUAUUGGCCGAGAUUGCCGAUCUGAGCUUACAAAAGGAGCGACUGUAUCUGUAUUACCGGAGGAUGACGUUAAUGUAAAUGCUAGCAACUCACCAGCAAAUAUUAAUGAAAAGGGCCUCACCACCCGUUCCUGUGACAUCUCACUCCGCCCGAACUUAGGUUUGAAUAAGUACCACUCAUCUGUGAGAAGCAAGCCCGCAGAGGAUCAUUCAAGUCUGAUCGAAGCAACCGAUGAAGUCUUGGAAUUACGGGAGUCCUCGAGGGGGGGGGAGAUCCAAGCGGGGUCGCUUCCAAUGCCCGAAGCCCCCUCCAACAAUGAUCCAUCGAAUGAUGCGACGCGAAUCAAAAAGAUCAAGAAGCUAGAGCUCAAGAAGCCAAACCACAAUGCUCCCAGGCAUCAUGGGAUGUCUACCAGAGGAAAAUCCCCCUCAAAUGCCCACAAUGAUCCCUCUCGGGCAGUGAGUGAAGAAUCCAAGGUUCACGACGACCCUCCUUGUUGUGUGAGUGACCCAGUUCAUGGGACAACAGCGGAAACAUGAUGAAGCACCUUUGGAAGGGACACAUCUCUCCAGCAUAUUAUGAUUUGUAUUUAUUCUCAAAUUUAUUUUUGAUUCUGUCAUUUAUUCGCUCAAUCUUAUCCUACCUUACAUACUAUGUAUACCCCAAAGGAUUUUUUACGUUAUUAUCUAAUGAUUUUGCGUUCCUCUCUCAGG